AGCGGCAUCCGCACGCAGCACCUUACUGAUUAUACCCAUCCAAGUUCCUCUCCGUUGUGUAGCUCUUCCUCUUCUCGACUACUAUACAGCAUAGAAGAAUGGGCGCAGCCGCCGAUGGCUCUCCGUGGGCUUCCAAGGCAGAGGCCAGCGCGCAGCAGGCACGGCGCUUCUCCCUGCGGCGCGAGGCCCCACUCGACGAGCUCCCUCCGCUGCCACCGCUCGUGCGGCCGCAUCCGGAGUCCACCGCGCCGUCGCUCGAGCACACGCCUCUUUCCAUCGCGAGUCAUCCAAUCGCCCCGCUGGCUCGACGACGCACGAGUACUACGGAAAUCGAACGACACACCGCGGGUGACCUCGCCGUGCCCUCCGUCUCCACCCUCAAUCGCGAGUUCAGCCGUCUCUCCCUCGCCUACGCCGGCAUGCGUGAAGAGGCCGGUGACGGGCUGCCCAGCAGCGCCGCGACGCACCAUGCGGGCCGCACCACGCGCCGCACCUCCGCCCCCGUUGCGCAGCAUCCAUCGCUCCCACAGCGCAGCCGCCCAGAGUCGGGCAUGAGUGCACCGACGCUGAUCACCAGCAGCACCGCGGCACCGCAGCGACGACUUUUGGAUGCGGCGCCGACGCGGCCUCCGCCUCGGCGAGCGUCACUCGGUGUGCCGGAGCCGCCGCACCGAGUGAAGGACAGUCACGCACCGGCGGAGGUCCGAGACACCGCCAAAUUGAAUUCGUCGUCGUGGUCUCUUCCACCUGAAUCGAACACACCAACCGUUGUGGACGGCCCUCUUCGGGCCGCACCGCCUGAGCCGAGCGAGGCGACGUCGGUGGCCCGGCAGCCCACCACACCGAAAGCGACGACAGCGGCGCGCGAUGGAGGGGAGGACAAAGCGAACGACGACGGCAAUUUGGCCAGUCCCCUGCCGCGGAAUCCCGCAGCGGCGAAAGAUGCCCCCGCUGCACCGCACGGCAAAGGGAAGGGCAGAGACGGCCGCAUUAUGGUGGUGGUGCGCAAACGCCCCCUCGCCGCAAAUGAAGAAGGCCCCGACUGUGUUCAGGUCAACGGCCCGCACGUGCGAGUCGCCGUGACGAAGCAGCGCGUCGACCUGAGCAGCUACGAGGAGAACAGCGACUACAUCUUCGACCACGUCUACGACUCCACAGCCAGCAACACCGACAUCUACGCCACCUCGGUAAAAGAUUUGCUGACGGUCAGUCUUGCAGGGGGCAGUGCGUCGUGCUUCGCCUACGGUCAGACGGGCAGUGGCAAGACGUACACGAUGAUGGGCACAGACAGCGAGCGCGGGCUUUAUCUGCUGGCCGCUGGGGAUCUCUUUGGUCGUCUCGGCGCGGGUCAGAGGCUUUGUGUCUGCUUCUACGAGAUCUACUGCAACUCCCUCUUCGACCUGCUGAAUCGACGCCACCCCAUCGUGCUGCGCGAGGACGCGAACCGUCGGGUGAACCUCUGCGGUGUCGUCUGGCGGGCCGUGUCGGACGUGUCGGAGCUGUGGCAGCUGAUGAAGGCCGGCAUGCAGCAGCGCCGCACUGGCAGCACCAGCGCCAACGAGCACUCCAGCCGCUCCCACGCCGUUCUCUCCAUCCGCAUUGAGGACUGCGCCCGCCUCGACUUCGUCGGCACCGUCAACUUCGUCGACCUCGCGGGGAGUGAGCGGGCAGCCGACACAUCCGCCAACGACCGCGUGACGCGGCUGGAGAGCGCAGAGAUCAACAAGUCGCUGCUGGCCCUGAAAGAGUGCAUCCGCGCGCUGGACGAGAAGAAGAAGCACGUUCCGUUUCGUGGCUCUCGCCUGACAGAGGUGUUGCGCGACAGCUUUGCGGGGAACAGCAAGACGGUGAUGAUCGCGGCAGUGUCCCCCGGCUCGCACAACCACGAGCACAGCAACAACACACUCCGCUACGCAUUUCGGGUAAAGGGACUCAGCAUCGCGUCGGUGGAGCCGAGCAAGGCCCGCAAUGUGCCACGUCCGUACGUCCCCGCGCCACGGAGCCGGUCCAACGUGGGAACCGAAGAGACGCCCAACGUGCCUAACCCACUGACACGUGAUGUACGGCGCAAAGAUGGCGCUGGCGUGGAAGACGGCGCUGUUCGAUCGCCCACAAAUCGGCGACACGCUCGCAAGGGACGACACAACCACCACAGGAGCCCGACACACCGCCACGGCGUUGACGAUGACAGCACCAGCAACGCAUCCACCGCGGCGGCUAUGAGCCGGUUGACGGAGAUGAUGGAACUGAGCUCCAUGGCGGAGAUGCGGGCACGUCGUGCGUCUCAGCAGCGAAGUGGCGACCCAGCGAAGAGCAGCCACGCCUCCAACCGGCCAGACAUCUCUUCUCUUCUUUCGCUGCAGCAGGAGGAGCCCUCGUCCCGGCGCAGUGCCCUGCGUCCCAUUUACAAAGCCCCUCCAACAGGCCUGCUUCUGCCCCGCAGCACCAGCACGCUCAGCUCGGCGUCGUCAAACGUUGGCUCCUCUCUCCGUGGCAACGCCCAACCGCUGCCGCCUCUCGGCUCCGCUGGCUCGCCGCGUGUGCUGGAGGACAUGGCCGCAUUGGAGCGCCGCCUCACCCACCAAAUUAUGUGUCAGCUUCGCCGCGACCUCGGCAACCAGCUCGAGGACGUUCUGUCCGAGAAGGACGCGAUGAUUGCGGCCCUGCGACGGGAGAACGAUGCGUUGCGCAAAGAACUCAAGCGCACGCAGCAGGAAAACGGCCGCUCGGACAGCUUCCCCUCGCGGCACGAGGUGGGAGGCCGACGGAGCGGGACGAUGACGCUUGCUUUCUACCCACCUUCACCGAGCAUCCUGAAUGAGCUCAGCUCCUCUGGUGCGUCUCUAUCUGCUCCGUCCGAUGACAUCGCCUAUCGGGUGAUCUAA